ACAAAGAGAAAGAAGGAGAGAAAUGAAUUGCACGUGUAAAUUUACGAAAUAUAAUUGUAUUUCAAUUGGGAUACAUUACAAGUGAAGAGAAAACGUGGUAAAAAUAAAUUUAGCUUCGGCAUGAAGAGAGAAGAGAAACGGCAAAAGCUCCAUGAAAGGCUCCUUAGGAUGCUCUAUCCUCCCCCACCAUCACCUCCUUCCCAAGAAGAAAACGAUGACGACGAACCAUUUGACAUUCUCCAACAAGGCGAUCAAAUUCCAGGUUUUCUUGCUAACAUGGAUGAACUGGAAGAGGAUAGGGGUUCUUCCUCCUCUGGCGACCAAGAGACUAAUCAUGGUCCUGACAAGCUAACAAGGGCACAGAGGAAGAGGAUUCGACGGAAGAAGCUUAAGGAAGCUUCCUCACGCCGCCAGAAUAUAAUAGGGCCGUUGUUGCCUACUGAAGAGAGUGAUCUAGAGGGUGUAAAUGUGAGUACGCCAGAUGAGGAGCCACAAGGUGUUCGACAAAAUGCCAACGAGACAGAUGAUGCAGAUUCUUGCCUGAAACAAAACAAACAAAAACAAAGAAGAAUGGCUAAACGGUUGGUUGGUGGUAGCUCAAAGUCAACUGGGGGUGGCAACAAGAAUUGAAAGCUUCAUUUCUUUGGUCGAGGGAUAAGAAAACUUGACUGACUGCUUAAAAAAGGGUCACUGCAAAGUGAAAAUGUUGAAAUAUACAACUGCUGACAAAUUUUUAAGAGGUUGUCUUGUUCUUUCACAACUCUGAGGCAUGUUUUUUUAUAGUAGCAAAUGUUCACUAAAUAGUAGUUAAUUUAGUGAUUUGUUGUCUUCUAGUAUUGUAAAUUUAACUUUAAUCCAUAUUAUUUUGAUGACAUAUAUAUACCUUAAUGAAUGUUGGAGAAACCUUGUUUUAAGAA